AUGAGGCGAAGGAGCCAUGGUGGAGUUGGGGAAGGCGAAGGGCAGGGUGGAGCAGAAGACCACCACAUGGACCAGAUGGGAAUAAAGAUCCCCUGGGUGGAGCAGAAGGCUUCUGCAGCUGAGCAGACAAAACUGAAGAUCAGACGGAAGACUACAGCAGAGACGAUUCGGGGAUCCAGGUCAAUGGAAUGCCGGCUGAACCGAGAUUAUCUGAAGUGGUAUUUGGAGUACCAUCUGGAGAACUGGUUGACUGGCGCCGGCAGAGAAACUUACCCGUGGUUGACUGGCGUGGUUUACCCAGGUAAUGAUGGUGAUGAUUCUGUUGCAGGUCUGACGGAUGAGAAAGUGAAGGCGUAUCUCUCCCUCCACCCGCAGAUGCUGGAUGAGUUUGUGCUGGAAAGCGUGAGUGCGGAGACGGUGGACAGAUGGCUGAAGAGGAAGAACAGCAGUCAGCCCGCAGAUGACUCCUCAGCUAAAGAAGUUAGCAGGCAGUACCAGGACACGAAUAUGCAGAGCGUCGUAUAUGAGCUCAACAGCUACAUGGAGCAGCGGUUGGACACUGGAGGAGACAACAAACUACUGCUCUAUGAGUUGUGCAACAUCAUCAAAACAGCCACAAAAGCUGAUGGAUUUGCACUUUACUUCCUUGGAGAAUGCAACAAUAGUUUAUGUUUGUUCACUCCAACGGGGGCAAAAGAGGGGCUUCCUGGGCUCAUCCCCUCUGGUCCCAUCACGUUUAAGACCACCAUCGCCGCUCACGUUGCAAAGACACGCAAGACACUACUUGUAGAGGAUAUCAUGGGGGAUGAGAGAUUCCCUCAUGGCACAGGGCAGGACUCAGGGAUCCGUGUACAUUCUGUUUUGUGUCUACCCAUCCUCACCGCCAUCGGAGACCUCAUCGCUAUCCUGGAGCUGCACCGUCACUUGGGCAGAGAGCCCUUCAACCUCAGCCACCAGGAGGUUGCAACAGCAAAUUUGGCCUGGGCAUCUGUAGCCAUACACCAAGUUCAGGUCUGCAGAGGUCUCGCCAAACAGACAGAACUCAACGACUUUCUUCUAGAUGUGUCAAAAACGUACUUUGACAACAUAGUGGCAAUAGAUUCUCUACUUGAACAUAUCAUGAUAUAUGCAAAAAACCUGGUUAAUGCGGACAGAUGUGCGCUUUUCCAGGUGGAUCACAAUAACAAAGAGCUGUACUCUGACUUGUUUGAUAUCGGGGAGGAGAAUGAAGGGAAGCCCGUCUUUAGGAAAACCAAAGAAAUUAGGUUUUCUAUAGAGAAAGGUAUAGCUGGUCAGGUGGCACGAACAGGAGAGGUUUUGAAUAUUCCGGAUGCCUAUGCAGACCCCCGUUUCAACAGAGAAGUAGAUCUCUACACUGGCUACACGACGCGGAAUAUCCUGUGCAUGCCCAUAGUCAGCCGCGGGACUGUGAUCGGUGUUGUACAAAUGGUGAACAAGCUGGGAGGAAGUGCCUUCACUAAAACUGAUGAGAACAACUUUAAGAUGUUCGCCGUCUUCUGUGCUUUGGCCUUACACUGUGCAAAUAUGUAUCACCGGAUAAGACAUUCAGAGUGCAUUUACCGGGUGACUAUGGAGAAGCUUUCGUACCACAGCAUCUGCACAUCCGAGGAGUGGAAGACCCUCACACAACUCUCUCUCCCUGCUGUCAUUUAUAAAGAGAUUGAACUGUUUCACUUUGACAUUGCCCCUUUUGAGGAAAUGUGGCCUGCAAUAUUUGUAUACAUGGUUCACAAUUCUUGUGGGAAAAGCAGCUUUGAGCAGGAGAAACUGUGUCGCUUCACUAUGUCAGUGCGGAAAAAUUACAGACGAGUUCCAUACCACAACUGGAAACACGCUGUGACGGUGGCACACUGCAUGUACGCCAUUCUGCAGAAAACCACUGGGAUAUUCACAGAGCUCGAGAGGAAAGGCUUGCUGAUAGCCUGCUUGUGUCACGACCUGGACCACCGUGGCUACAGUAACAGUUAUCUGCAGAAGUUUGACCAUCCGCUGGCCGCCCUGUAUUCCACAUCCACAAUGGAACAGCAUCAUUUUUCACAGACGGUGUCCAUCCUGCAGCUGGAAGGGCACAAUAUUUUCUCCAACCUGACUUCCAGUGAGUAUGAGCAGGUGCUGGAGAUCAUCAGGAAGGCCAUCAUUGCUACAGACCUCGCGCUGUACUUCGGCAACCGCAAGCAACUGUCUGAACUGCUGGCCACAGGGGCGCUGGACCUGAACAACCGUGCUCACAGGGACCGUGUGAUUGGUCUGAUGAUGACUGCCUGUGAUCUCUGCUCUGUUACCAAACUAUGGCCCGUCACACGAAUCACAGCCAAUGACAUAUAUGCUGAGUUCUGGGCUGAGGGGGAUGAAAUGAAGAAGAUUGGUAUGCAGCCCAUCCCUAUGAUGGACAGGGAUAAAAAGCAUGAGGUUCCCCAGGGACAGGUGGGAUUUUACAAUGCAGUUGCGGUUCCCUGUUACACCACCCUGUCAGAGCUGUUUCCCCCCUCCAGUCCUCUGCUUACGUCUUGCAGGGAAAACCUGAACCAAUGGGAACGAAUUGUUCGAGGAGAAGACGUCUCUACAUGGGCUUCCACCGAGGAGGACGAACCGUGCGACACAUCAGACAGCGGGCCAGUGAAAGUGGACAACUAAAUCCGUGGCACCACCUACACCCCUGCCAGAGAUCCUGGACUUCCUGUGGACAGUCCCUCGUCCCGCAGAGACACGAGGAAGUGCAGAGGGCAGGCCGGGAC